AUGCCUACUGUUUAUAUUAUUAUUUAUUCUCUUUAUCAUCACAUCUAUACGAUUGCUAAAGAUAUUCAAAAGGGUCUUGAAUCAGAGGGUGUAACCGUUCAACUCUUUCAGGUCCCCGAGACUUUGUCCGAAGAAAUUCUCGAAAAAUUACAUGCACCUCCUAAACCUGAUAUUCCCAUCAUUACAGUUGAUGCUCUCAUUAAAGCAGAUGCAUUUUUAUUUGGUGUUCCCACUCGUUUUGGUACUUUCCCUGCUCAAAUGAAAUCCUUUUUGGAUGCUACUGGUGCCCUUUGGGCUACUGGUGCUCUUGCUGGUAAGUUUGCUGGUACCUUCUUCUCUACUGCCUCUCAACAUGGUGGACAAGAAACGACUGCUUAUACUUUAAUGACCUAUUUCGCUCAUUAUGGUCUUAACUAUGUUCCUUUGGGUUUUACGAAUAGUAAUCUUUUUGAUAAUACUGAAGUGGUGGGUGGCUCUGCUUGGGGAGCUGGUACAGUUGCAAAUGGAGAUGGAUCUCGUGAACCAACAGAAAAGGAACUUGAAAUUGCUAGAACUCAAGGUGAAAAUUUCGCCAAACUUUUGAAUAUUUAUCAUCGUGGUUUAGAAAUGGUUUAUGAUCAAACUACUGAUGAAAUAGUUGAAGUAGCAAACGAUGAAACAGUCGAUAAAGAAAUUUCUGAAAAUGAUGACAUUGAGAUUGAGGAAGCACCUGUUGUUAAGCCAUCUACUGAAGUUGAUGAUACUGUAAAUGCAAAAGAACCUUCUAUUAAAGAAGAAGUUGUAGCAGCAGCAGAAACAACAACAACAACAGCAGCAACAGCUGAACCUACUCCCGUCGACAAGGAAGAACCAAAGUCCGAAUCUAAACCUAAAACUGAAGAAAAGAAACCAUCCAUUACAACAGCAGAAAAAGAAAAUAAACCUACUACAACAACCACAACCACACCUAAGCCUACAACAGCAUCUAAACCUACUCCUAAGAAGGAAGAAAAGAAAGAAUCAAAAUGUUUCUGUAUGUAACAGAGUUUACUUUAAUUCAUAAUAAUUCCUUAUAGCAAGCAAUCAUUUCUCUUUCUCUUUCUUUCUUUCUUUCUUUACCCAUAUAUUUAUAUAUAAAAUGUGUGUACAUUAGAGAAGAACUUGAUUUUUUUUUUUUUUACAUCUCCCUUUAAAUCUAAACCAAGACAUUCUUCCCACUCCCCUCCCCUUCUCCCUCCCCCCAGAAAAAAAAGAAAGAAAGAAAGAAAGAAAGAA